CGACAGUUUUUGCUGCAAGGCGCCGUCGUGGAAGUAGGAAGUGCUAUGCAAUACAAACGCCCGUGCUCACUGCAAUAAAAGUGUUUAUUGAUUAACUGGGCAACUAAAACAGUCUGUUUAUUUUAGCUAAAGCAAAAUAAGCGGAUUUCCAGGAUGAGCGUGGGAUUCAUUGGUGCGGGGCAAUUGGCGCACGCGCUGGUGAAAGGGUUCACGGCAGCUGGUGUGAUCGCCACCCAGAGGAUCACAGCCAGUUCUCCAGACAUGGAUCUUCCCACAGUGUCCGGACUGCGGAGAAUGGGUGUGAACCUGACUACCAGCAACAAGGAGACCGUGAAGAGGAGCGAUGUUCUCUUCCUGGCUGUGAAGCCCCACAUAAUCCCGUUCGUGCUGGACGAGGUCGGGCCUGACAUUGAAGAUCGCCACCUCAUCGUCUCCUGCGCUGCUGGUGUGACAAUCAGCUCCAUCGAGAAGAAGCUGCAGCAGUACCGGGAGGCCCCGAAGGUGAUGCGCUGCAUGACAAACACGCCGGUGGUGGUGCGGGAGGGGGCCACGGUGUACGCCACAGGCACACACGCUGAGGUGGAGGACGGCAGACUGCUGGAGCAGCUCAUGGCCAGCGUGGGCUUCUGUACCGAGGUGGAGGAGGAUCUCAUUGAUGCCGUCACCGGGCUGAGCGGCAGCGGCCCCGCCUAUGCCUUCACCGCUGUAGACGCCCUUGCAGACGGAGGCGUGAAGAUGGGCCUUCCCAGGAGGCUGGCCGUCAGGCUGGGAGCUCAAGCCCUGCUGGGCGCGGCGCGCAUGCUGCUGGAUUCGGAGCAGCACCCAGGACAGCUGAAGGACAACGUGUGCUCCCCAGGCGGGGCCACCAUCCACGCCCUGCACGUGAUGGAGAGCGGCGGAUUCCGUAGCCUGCUCAUCAAUGCCGUGGAGGCUUCCUGCAUCAGGACCAGGGAGCUGCAGUUCUUGGCCGACCAAGAGAAGAUUUCUGCUGCCGCGAUCAAGAAGACCACUCUGGACAAAGUGCUGCAGCAGCCAGGCGUCUCCGGGGCGGGUGUGACGGUCCGGACCGGGAUCAGCAUCUUCAACAGUGACUCCCCCCCGCGGCAGAAGAAGAGCUGAGUGGCUAUCAGGGAUUGGGCGAGGCGGGGAGUCCGAUAGGACUGAUAAUUAUAUUUAAUGUCUGUUUUUUUCAGCUUAGUGCAAGGACAAUGCUGCCAAAAUGCAAUUAUCAUUAAAAAUAUAUAGUUUUUAUGCAAUUGGGCUGAAGUGUUUUUCUGGCAAGGGAGUGCACCUCCCCAGACCUCACUCAAGCACUUAAGAAUGGAGCUGGAAUGCAGUCCAUGACGACAACUAGGGGUGGAAAGUUCAGGUCCAGAAAGUAUAAAUCCAGGCAGAGGUUUUGUUUCAACCAACCAGUCCGGUAUUGUAUGUCUGUGACUCAUUAUACUCAACUGGUUGGUUGAAACAAAACCUUGGUCUAGAUUUGUACUUUCUGGUCCUGGACUCUCCACCUCUACCCUGGCUCUCAAGUCCCUUUUGUGCUUGGCUUGUCAGGAAGUUCAGAGUAGUUUGCGAUGUCUUUUGGGAUCACGUGGCACCUGUCAGUCUGCAUGUGCUGAGGUCGACUUCUCAUUAUGGUUGUUAUACUUGGGAAAUGGUUGUACAUGGUGGGCACGCUUGCGGGUCGGGUUCUGGGAUGCAGAUGGAAAAACGUCUCCCUCUUAACCGGGAGAACCACAGCAGAGUGUUCGGUUACGGUUGCUGCCCUGCAGUAGAAUUGUUGGGCAAGGCUCUUUGAGAGAGGUGGGUGGGGUCGUUCCUGGCCCUAGCAGAUAUCUUGCCUUCAGAACACUGGUGCAAACAGCCAGGAAUGCAUUAUCUCGGGAAAUGUGUUCUGUUCCCAUCUUGCCGGUCUGUCCCGAGUGGUUUCAGAUUCAUACUCGGAGUUGGUUAAUUCAGGUCCAGAGAGUAAAAGUCCAAACCAGAAGAUUUUGUUUCAACCAACCAGUUGAGCAUAAAGUCAGUCAGAGUAUUCAACUGAUUGGUUGAAGCAAAAUCCUGGUCCGGACUUUCACACUCUGGGCCUGAAUCACUCAGCUCUGUUCAUACUAAUAUAAUUCCUUUUGUUUUUCCUAAUUUAGUAAAGAGCGACAUAUAAUGGGUGUUUUGAAGUUGUGAGACUGAAACCAUACUACAACACUUUAUGGCUUUUAAUAUGGACCAUAUGUCUAAUGUCCUGUUUAUCACAGACAAGCCCCGUAUAAAUCUCUCAUGAUAUUAAUCUCAGGUAACCCUAGUCCUAGAUCUAAUGGCAUUCCUGAACCUAGACUUAAUCCUAAAACCAAUCCUAACCCUAAUUCAAACGCUUGCCUGAAUCCAAAUGCCAACUUUAACCCUGAUCCUAGCCAUACUGCCAGCUGUAACCUUAGGGCUGAUCCUAAUUCCACCCUCAACCCUGGGCAUUACGCAAAUGCCAAAUCUAACCCUUAAUCAUAACCCCUAACCUCAGUCCUAAUCCCAACUCAAACCCUAAAUGUCAGUCUGGUAUGACAAGCAUUUCUGGUGUCAGGUACUCUGUAACUGAUAGCACGUUUUGCCUUAAUCUGCCCGUUUUCCAAUCCCAUUUGCUUCAUUAGUGCUCCUUUACUGACCUCUUCGUUGUGACAUGGAUCAUUGUGGGCAGCAGCUAUUGGUAUUGGCACGGUGGAACCUUAGAUUGAUUAGCUUUUAUUUAAAUGGAGGAAUUUCCUGUUAUAAAUCACGUUUCUUAUCCCUAAUUUUAAAUACCUUUUAUGCGUAUUUUCUAUCAUGUCUCUCUGGAUAGUCAUCCAAAAUAUCUAUAAAAUAGAUUAAUAUGAUAUUCCAAUAAUCCAUCAUUGGAUGAUCAUGAAGUGUGAAAAGUCAGACUGAUUAUGGUGGGUUUAUUUUGUUAUGUUUGUUGUAUGUAACAUUACAACUAUAUCUUGUAGACUUUGCAGACCACCUUGUUAAUUUAAUUUAGCGUGAGACUGACCCCUUGUGGAAUGAAUGAUAUUGCAGUGAAGCUUCAAAAAUACCAACGCAAGUGGCCACAGGAAUUGGCUGGUUAUAAAUGGUGACUUUGCCAAAGGUCAGGGACUGAUUCACACCCUUUCCAGGGUCAGGCAUUCUGACAGCUGCAUACUGCAAUUCUAUGUGCUAAAUGAAACAGAAACGUUGCAUUGACAGCAUAAUCUUUCAUUUCUGUGUCGGCUAGAUACAUGCGUGAUAAUAUGCAAGUAUAAUUUUUAAAUGCGUAAUUCUUGGGUAGAUCUUAGCUGUGUGUGUGUGUGUGUGUGUGUGUGUGUGUGUCGGGGGGGGGGGGGGGGGGUUAUGUAUAUACAUUACAUUCUGAGGAUCAAAUGUGCCUACAAUGUGAUAAACACCUGUUGUUUUGAGGUUGUGGGGACCAUUUUUCAGUCCCCACAAGGGGAAUUUCAGUCUAUGACUGCAGUCACACAACUAAAAAUGUCAAAAGUCUUGUUUUUUAAUUGGUUACUUAUAGUUAAGGUUAGAGCUGGGUUGGGGUUAAGGGUGUCAUGGCUGAGAUUAGGAUUUUUCCCCUAGAAAUGAAUGUACAGUCCCCAAAAAGAUGUGAAUUCAUAUUUGUUUGUGUGUGUGUGUGUGUGUGUGUGUGUAUUUGACAAUUUGUAAUUAUCACAUUGUGGGGACCCAGUACCUGUAACUUUUUACAUUGUGGCCCCCACAAGGAUAUGCUCUAUUGUAUAUCUAUUUGAAUGCAACAUUUCUCCUAUCAGCUUUGCAUAUUUCAAUUGUCCUUGCUAGACAGUGACUUUUAUUUUGGCCAGGAGUAUUCCAGAGUAUCUGAUCUUAUUAGUGAAGUUACAGGGCACCCUUAAAUGACAGUCUCGUCAUUCUGACACUUUAUUUCAUUCAGUUUUUUUUUAUUAGCGCUGUUAACCUAAAUUUUCAUUGACACCAUUUUGGUGGUCAAUCUGGGGUUGUCCCCACCUAUCCUGGCUCUUCCCACCCUUACGGCCUUUCGCUUUGAACAUGCUUUGCUGGCAUCGGUGGACCUUACAGAAGAUGGUCGCCGCAGCGACGCAGGAGGAGGCUCAGAAGUGGAAGCCCCAGCUUGAAUCGUCUACCACAAGGAAUCCGUUUCCCUGCAGCAGCAGUCGUGAGUCACCGCUUUGGCUCCCUUUUCUCUGGAAUGGGCCAAGCGGCGGACAAGGGCCGGGCCUCCAACACCUCCUGGGUGCAGCUGAUUUGCAGCAUUGUCAUAAUGUCACUGAAACAUUCUUGUACACAAUGCUGUAUGGAUUCCAUCUGUGCUGUUCAGUAGCUGACUAUACUUGCAAAUCAUUUAAAGUAAUAAAAAAACUCAUAUCUAGGCAAACAUGUCAAUAACUUUUCUGUGGAAAUUCAUCGAUUGGUGAGUUAACUCAUUUUCAAUUCAUAGCACAAGAAUUGCUUUUAACCUCUAACCUUUGUUGCUCUAUGGUGUUGCAUGGAAAAAGUUUAUUCUUUUUCAGUGUUGAGAAGUUUCAUUCUGACUUAUAACUAUGCCAAUAAACACUGCUAUUUUUUUAA